GUUGGUGUUACAGACGCUGCCUGCCGCUCUCAUCCCCCUCCUCGUCCCCGCCGCUGUCUCCGCCCCCCCACAGGCGAGGCAGGGGCCGGGCAGGCCGCGGCGGCUCUGUAAGGGAACAGCCGGGCCGGGAGGAGGGAGCGGCAGAGACGCCCCCCGCCCCGCGGUUCGGUAUCAGGCGGGGAGCGGAGCGUGGCAGUUGAACCAUCCGCGGUGAAUGAGUGACGCCGGCCGCGGGCCGGGCUGGGGGGGCGGGGAAGGCUGACAGCGAUCCCUUCCCACCCCGGGGGACCUGACGGGGCCGGCGGGCGGCGCCGAGCGGAGAAGACGGCUCCCCAGCGCAGUCGGUCCGUCACCACGCCUGAGCCGCGCAGCUACCGCCUCAUCCCCGUUGGAGCCUGGGGGGCCGGCAGCGGCCCGGCCCCUCGGCAUGUCCGCAGCCGCCCGAGUGUCCGUAGCGCCCCCGGAGCAGCAGGUUGGCGGGGGCUCGGGACAGACUCGCUCCCGGGAGUUGGUGGAGACGGGACAGGAGCUGCCGGAGCCCAGCCAGGUGCUGCCGCAGGUGGAUGAAACCGGGGAGAGCAGCGGUAGCCGAGAGGCGGAUCCCCCAGGGCAGGACGAGAAACGGCGGCAGGUGGUGGAGGCUCCCCUGCCUAAGGAAAACCCCUGGAUCAGGAGAAAACCUAUCCCCAACAGCCCGUCCCCGGCAGCAGCGGACACCCAGCUCGUCCUACAGGACUCAGAACUGCCAAAUUCCACUAAAGUUAUAAAAGCAGGGAAACCGAAGACCAGGAAACCCAGCAAGGCUAGUGACUUCAAUGAUACCACAAAUUGGCCAACACCAAGUGAAAUAGCAAACAAUGAAUGCAAAACCAUAAAUCAUCAGAAUAAAAAGCCACUAAAUAAAAAAGAAAAGGAGGAGAAAACUGAAAAGAGAGCAAGCAGUGAAAUUGAGAACCCGCAAGCAAAGCCUGAUGGUCCUGGAGAAAAUGUCAGUGAAGAUGAGGCUCAGUGUAACAAUCAAAGGAAAAAAGGUAACAAGCAGAAGUGGGUACCACUUCAUUUAGAUGAUGCAAGACCAGAUAGCCAAGAAGGAACAGGCUCUCGAAAUAGUUCAAGAUCUCAGCCAGAAACGAGCAAAUUAGUGCCAUACAACAACAGACGAAACGAGUCAAGAACUUGGCACCGUGAUAGAGAGAAAAGAGAUGACCAUGAUGAAGUUUCCAGUGUGAGAAGUGAAGGUGGCAGCAUUCGAGGAUUCUUUAGAGGCAGAGGAAGAGGACGUGGCAGAGGAAGAGGGCGUGGCAGAGGAAACCCUCGAAUGAACUAUGAGUAUUCGUAUGGUUACCAAGAACUAUAUGGUGAAAGGACCAAUCAGCCAUUUCAACCAGAACUUAAUGCUAGUAUGAUGUAUUACUAUGACGAUGGAACAGGAGUACAAAUGUAUUCUGUGGAUGAAACACUGCUCAAAGAAUACAUUAAACGUCAAAUUGAGUAUUAUUUCAGCAUAGAAAAUUUGGAAAGAGACUUUUUUCUGAGGAGAAAGAUGGACCAACAAGGAUUCUUGCCUAUUUCUUUAAUUGCCAGCUUCCAUCGUGUGCAAGCUCUGACUACAAAUGUUAACCUAAUUUUAGAGGCCCUAAAGGAUAGUACAGAAGUGGAAAUAGUGGAUCAGAAGAUGAGAAAAAGGGUAGACCCAGAAAAAUGGCCAAUUCCUGGUCCACCUUCACGGAAUCAGCCACAAACUGACUUCUCUCAGCUCAUCAACUGCCCAGAAUUUAUACCAGGCAAAGCUUUUGGUUCAUAUACUGAGUCUGCACCAAGUUCUCCAAGAAUGGGAAGCCCAAAGAAAAGCACUGAAACAAGUAACCUUCAAACAAUGUCUAAAGGAUUGUCUACAAGCUUGCCAGAUCUGGACUCUGAGCCUUGGAUAGAAGUGAAAAAGAGGCAUCGUCCAUCCCCAGUCAAACUAAAGGAAUCUGUGCAUACACUAGAGCACACACCAAGUCAGCAACAGCAGGCCCCACCUUCACAGGAACAAGAACAAGAAGAGCUUGAUUUUUUGUUUGAUGAGGAGAUGGAACAAAUAGAAGGUCGCAAAAAUACAUUUACUGAUUGGUCAGACAAUGAUUCAGAUUAUGAAAUUGAUGACCACGAUGUAAACAAAAUUUUGAUUGUAACACAGACACCACCUUAUAUGAGAAAACAUCCUGGUGGAGAUCGCACUGGCAACCAUGUGUCUCGUGCAAAAAUUACAUCAGAACUUGCUAAAGCUAUUAAUGAUGGUUUAUACUAUUAUGAACAGGAUUUAUGGAUGGAGCAGGGUGAAAAUGAUUCUACAGCCAUAAAGCAAGAGGUUGAAAACUUCAAGAAACUAAAUCUCAUCAGUAAAGAAGAGUUUGACAGUCUUACACCUGAGCCAAACCAGGAAGUUCUUCCAUGGCCUCCAAGGUCACAACAAGAUUUAACAGAUGAGCUAGCUUGCAAAUUGUUUGGUGUUGUAGAAGUACCUCCAACAACAAUGGCUCGUUCACUGCCAACAGCAGUCCCAGAAUCUCCAAGAGUUCAUCCUGCCAGAACACCCAAAACACCUCGUACCCCAAGGUUACAAGAUCCCAACAAAACGCCAAGAUUCUAUCCUGUUGUUAAAGAAACAAGAUCCAUUGAUGUAAAGGUUCCAAGAAAAAGAAAAACACGACAUAGUACAAACCCUCCGCUAGAAUGCCAUGUUGGUUGGGUAAUGGAUUCCAGAGAUCACAGGCCAAGAACAUCUUCUGUGAGCAGUUCAAAUGCUUCACCUUCAGAAGGUGCUCCAAAAGCAGGAAGUUAUGGGUGUACCCCACACUCACUUCCCAAGUUCCAGCAUCCUUCUCAUGAACUUUUAAAGGAAAAUGGCUUUACACAACAAGUGUACCACAAAUAUCGUCGAAGGUGCCUAGUUGAGAGAAAACGGUUGGGAAUUGGCCAAUCCCAGGAAAUGAACACACUCUUUCGUUUCUGGUCCUUUUUUCUCAGAGAUCACUUUAACAAGAAAAUGUACGAGGAAUUCAGACAGCUUGCUCUAGAUGAUGCAAAAGAACACUACAGGUAUGGAUUGGAAUGCUUGUUUAGAUUUUACAGCUAUGGUUUGGAAAAAAAAUUCAGACAAGAGAUCUUCAAGGAUUUUCAAGAAGAAACAAAAAAAGACUAUGAAUCUGGUCAGCUUUAUGGAUUAGAAAAAUUUUGGGCUUAUCUGAAAUACUCUCAAUCCAAAACUCUACCCGUUGACCCCAAACUGCAGGAAUACCUUUGUAACUUUAAGAGACUGGAGGACUUCAGAGUUGAUCCUCCUCUUAGUGAAAUAUCUGGGAGAAAAAGACCUUCACCUUCAAUAGGUGAGGAGAGUGGUUGUCCUAGACAUCAGCCUACAUCCUCUUCUAAGACUCUAAUUGCUGCUGAAACCACAGCUGACCAUCAGUUUCAGAUCCCAGUAAACUUUCACGAUGGGAAUACUGCGCAGGAAUCAAUUGACAAGUUAGGCCAGAACAGCGCUGCCACAAAAUCAACAGAAGGUGACAUCUGAAAAAUAGACUUAAGACAAGUUAAUGCUCUUGAGGCCAACUUUUACAUCAAUAUUUUAGUUCAGAAAUUUUCAGGGGGAACCGUUCUAAUGCUUGAUUAAAAACAAAUGUAUGGGAAGACAAAGGAUUGCAUUUUCUCUUUCACAAGAAAGUUAAAAAUGUUUCCCAUGGUUGGGGGUGGCUGUUUCUGAGAUCAUCAAAGGGUUUCUAGGAAAAUGUCUAUGGUUUCAGUAUUGCUUUCCUUGAGCUAUUGUUUACAAAAAUGGCAUUCCUGUACUAUAUGCAAAAAAUAUUUUGGGAAUGCCUUACAUUUUAGCUCAUACUUCUUAAAGAAGAUACAAUAUAUUCAUGUUACUUACUGAGCUUUCUUCACCUAAUUUUCCCAUUAUGAAUUAUUAAUUGUACGUAUCAAAGCCAAGAGAAUGUAUAUUUUUUUAAAUUACAGAAAGGAUCUAAGUUUGUAGGCUCCUUCUUACAUAUAUAACUAUAAAAAUAUUUGCUUUUUUUGUAAAAAGUAAAAGCACAUUUAAGGAUGUGAAACUCUAAGGAACUGUGUGUGCUUCUGGAUUCUAUUUAAUUAUUUUGCUUUCUAUUUUUUAUUUCAGGAUCUCCAUAGUUAGUGUUUUGUUAGGUGUGGAGUUUUCUAAGUGGACAUCAACUGGUUUAGUUUUAAGGAAGUGUUCAACACUUGUUCUUAUAUGAAUGUGAGCAAAAGUAAAGUAGAAGGGGAAAGUGGGUAUGUUGAUUUAUGUACUGUCCUAAAUUCACUAAAUAUCUGCAGUUUUUGCAGGUUCAUAAAAUAGCAAAUAAUAUUCAAAUCAUCCUCAGCUUCAUAGAGGUUCUUUUUUUUCAUUUCUCUCUAUUUCAUGGUUAUAAAGUGUGCUACGAGAGGUAUAGCAGAUCGAUUUUUUUUUAAGAUUUUAUUUUAAUUUCAACUCCAAUAUUUAGUUUUACUUUUGAGACAAAUUUAAAAAUUAAAGCACUCACUCUAAAUUUGUUUUUCUAUUUUAGAAUAUAUGUGAAUGAAGUUAUAAUUUAAAAUUCUGCUAGGUAUAAGACUAAAUGAGAUUUCAACAAACCGGUCAAGACAUUAGUUUCAUUAAAUGUAAACAAUUCAAAUAAACAUUCAUUUCUAGUGUUGGAACAUGAGUAAAAUCACGAGUUUUAUCACCCGUAAUUACUUAUUGUCAUUUAUUUUGAUUUAGAAGAUUUAGUAUAAUUGAGGAAAUGACUUCUUUCUAAGGUAGGUGGGAAGAUAGGAAUGAGUUCAUUUUUGCUAUACUUGUUAACUGCCAAACAGCCUUCAGUUAACUUUAUAACUAGAAGUAAUGUCUAACACUGAUGCCUUACUACUGGGAGGUGUCCUAAACGACUCAACAUCCAAAGAAUGAUUUUUAAACCUGUAGUGGAUUUUAGAAGUUGAUGUAACUUCGAGUCCAUUAAAAUUUUUCAGUCAUGUUACCUUGUGAAUCUGAAUGGAACAAUUAUGAACACAUACGCACUUGUAAAUGAGUAUAUAACAGUGGCCUUCCUAGUAGUUAAAGUAAUUUCAAUACACAAUUGAGCCUUUUAGAAGUAACCUAUUUUCAAAGGAAAAUAGGAACUAACAUAGUAGGAAUUGAUGCAAAUGAACACUUUAAAUAGCAUCUUUUCAACAUACUAGUCAUACAUCUCAGAGCUGUUUGAUCCAUGCCUCUUUCUAUCCAUGAAAAUGAUGCAAAUGUAAAUUUGGAUUGAAACUGUAUAUACAAGUAAUAGACUUUGAAUAUUUACUUUCACUUUUUCAUUGAAUGAAAUGUGUGCAUAUUUAGCAUUCAGUGUGUGUAAUUUGUGCUAUAUCUUUGCAAAUUUUAUAAAAAUAUCAAGAAAACCCAA